AUGUUUGACAUGCUCGUCGUCGGCCGCAGCGUGCUCGUCGUCGACCGCAGCCUGCUCGUCGUCGGCGGCAGCGUGCUCGUCAUCGGCGGCAGCGUGCUCGUCAUCGGCGGCAGCGUGCUCGUCAUCGGCAGCAGCGUGCUCGUCAUCGGCGGCAGCGUGCUCGUCAUCGGCGGCAGCGUGCUCGUCAUCGGCAGCAGCGUGCUCGUCAUCGGCGGCAGCGUGCAUCGGCGGCAGCGUGCUCGUCAUCGGCCGCAGCGUGCUUCUCAUCGGCGCAGCGUGCUCGUCAUCGGCCGCAGCGUGCUCGUCAUCGGCCGCAGCGUGCUCGUCAUCGGCCGCAGCGUGCUCGUCAUCGGCCGCAGCGUGCUCGUCAUCGGCCGCAGCGUGCUCGUCAUCGGCCGUAGCGUGCUCGUCAUCGGCCGCAGCGUGCUCGUCAUCGGCCGCAACUUGCUCGUCAUCGGCCGCAGCUUGCUCGUCAUCGGCCGCAGCCUGCUCGUCAUCGGCCGCAGCCUGCUCGUCAUUGGCCGCAGCCUGCUCGUCAUCGGCUGCAGCCUGCUCGUCAUCGGCCGCAGCCUGCUCGUCAUCGGCCGCAGCCUGCUCGUCAUCGGCUGCAGCCUGCUCGUCAUCGGCCGCAGUCUGCUCGUCAUCGGUCGCAGCCUGCUCGUCAUCGGCCGCAGCCUGCUCGUCAUCGGCCGCAGACUGCUCUUCUUCGCGAGAGCUCCACGUUGGAUGGUAGGAGCAUAA